AUGGCUUUCCCCUCCUUCCCCAGUCAAGCAGGUCAACAGCAUAUUACAAAGUCAUUCAUGCUGCCAACUGUGGAGGAAAAUGAAGCCACAUACAAUGGGAAUGCACGACACGCGCAUCCCCUGACAUUCAUUAAGUAUUUGGGCUGGGACACCCUGCAGAAUCAAUGUUGGUUGGCAACGGAAGUGGUCAUCCCAGUUGUGGGAGAUGGCAUGACAAUUGACCAUCUGUCAGGCCUAUGCUGUAUGCGCUCAGGUGAUAUUAAUGGAGUAGAGCAAUAUGAUUGGAUGGUACUUGCUUUUGGAUGGUUUCAUGUUCAAUUGACAUUUGCCACUUCGCUACAUGAGCAGUUCAUUGGAACAGCUGCUGGACAUGGGCUCAGCAACGCUUUCAAACACCUAGGUCGGAAAUCAUUAUAUAAACUCAAUACCUGUGGUCCAUGGUACCACAACUUACAUGAGGGGAUUUUGCAUACUCUUGAAGCACACAUCCUAGAUUGUUGGAGAGUGCUAAUGGACGUUGACAGUCUUGAAAGGCUGAAGGAAUUCUCACCAGCAGAGUUGGUCCAGGCAGCAAAGUGCAUGCAAAAAGAGUUUGCAUCCUCAGAAGCUCUAGAGGGAAUUGGGAUCACUGAAGAUGUCAAAAGAAAAAGGAUAAUGAGAAAGGGAUGCACCUAG